AUGCAGCCACAGGAGAAUGAAACGGAUGGGCAACCACCCGUCCUCAAUGGACACGCGAAGCCGACAGACUCAAAUGGCACUUCCAGUGGUUAUACCAUCCCCGACAGAAGAUUAGGCGAUCCCGUCCAACUUCGAGUCAUCACGAUUGGCGCGGGCGCUUCGGGACUCAAUCUUGCGCAUCAAAUAGAAAAGCACAUGAAGAACGUUACUCAUGUCGUUUACGAAAAGAAUCCUGAGGUUGGCGGGACGUGGUAUGAGAAUACGUAUCCAGGCUGUGCCUGCGACAUUCCUUCGCACAGCUACCAGUUUACCUGGGAACCGUACCCAGGGUGGAAUCACUUCUAUUCUCCCGCUCCCGAGAUUCUCGACUACUUCCGCAGCGUCGCGCAUAAAUACGAAUUGUAUCGAUUCAUCAAAUUGAGCCACAAAGUCAUCGAAGCCAAAUGGAACGAGGAAAAGGGCAUUUGGAAUAUCACGGUGGAAGACUUGACAACUGGAAACAUCAUUCACGACUGGGGCCACUUCAUGAUUAGUGGAUCGGGUAUUCUGAAUAACUGGAAAUGGCCCGAUAUCCCGGGCCUCACUACCUUCAAAGGCCAACUACUUCACAGUGCUGCCUGGGAUCCGAGUGUGGACUGGCGAGGCAAGAAUGUUGCGGUUCUAGGGUGUGGUUCUUCUGGAGUGCAGAUUGUGCCUACGUUACAACCAGAUGUGGCGCGCCUGGUCACCUUCAUCCGGAGUCCAACCUGGAUCACUGCCGGCUUCGCCCAGAGCAAGGCCGGUCCAAAUGGCAGCAACUUUGACUUUAGCGACGCUCAGAAGGAAAAAUUCCGCACCGAUCCUUCGGCCUACCUCCACUACCGGAAAGAAGUCGAAUCCGAGCUGAACUCGAGAUUUAAAUUUAUCAUCAAAGACAGCCCUGAACAGGCCGAGGCCUUGGCCUUCUCUGCGAACGAAAUGAAAACCAAGCUCGGAGCCGAUUCCCCUCUCCUAAAACAUCUCAUUCCCUCUUUCAGCGUUGGAUGCCGUCGACCCACGCCGGGCAAUGGCUACCUAGAAGCCCUCACCAAAGAUAACGUCAGGGUUGUUACGGAUUCAAUUGCGGAAAUCGUACCGGAGGGCAUCAAAACCACUACUGGAGAAGUCUUGAAGGUCGACAUCUUCGUAUGCGCUACCGGCUUCGACAUCUCUUUCUGUCCGAGAUACCCAGUGAUUGGCAAAAAUGGAGUUAGUCUGGCAGACGAGUGGAAAGAACAUCCGGCCGCCUACUUGUCGUUGGCAGUGCCGAAAUUCCCCAACCAUUUCAUGUUCCUUGGUCCCAAUGCCCCGAUUGGACACGGUUCAGUCCUCCCCAUCAUCGAACAUUCCGCGAAAUAUAUAAUUCGCAUGCUGCACAAAUGUCAGAUGCAGGGCAUCAAGUCGGUGGAACCCAAAAUGGAAGCCGUCAAGGACUUCGACGAACACAUCCAAGCCUUUAUGCCCAGAACAGCCUGGAGCACAAAGUGUCGAUCCUGGUUCAAAAACGGAAAGAUCGAUGGACCCGUCGUGGCUUUACAUCCCGGCAGCAGAGUCCACUGGUUCCAAAUGCUGGAAGAACCUCGGUACGAGGACUUUAAUUGGGAGACGUUCUCGACGAAUCGCUUUGCGUACUUGGGCAAUGGUUUCUCCAUGAAGGAGGCGCCUGGCAGGGAUACUACGUACUACUUCGACAAUCCCGAUCAAGGCUAUGAGGCGAUCACCUACUAG